AAAAAAUAAAAAAAAUACCUGCUGGAGUUAUAUUUUGAAAGCGUAAUUAGGGAUUGAUAGCCGGUAACCCAUUGACCUUUCCAUACGAUUUUCCCUUUGCCAAGAAAUCUCAGAUCUUGGCGGACGCCUUAUGGGUUCAGUCAGUCAUGCACUCAAAUCACUCGUGCCCUGCUCAAUACGAUUAAGGGUAUAGAUCAGGGUUGAUUGUAAUGGGCUUGAUGCUAAAUGUUGUCUGAGUCGCCGAAUUUUUGAAAAUAUCGAAAGAGAUGGAAGUUUCAACUGGAGAUUGUGGUAAAUCCGAGUUGGGUUGCUCGAACAAUGGAGGCUCUGAAGAGUCAAAUCCGCAGUACCCAGAAGUGGAAUCAUCGGAUUCUGGUGUCCGUAGGAGCUUUGCUUUCGAACAAGAGUUCCAUUCUAUGAAUGCACUGGAGAUCUUGAGAGAAACUAUUAGAAUCCUAAGGUACGAUUCGUCGCCUUUCAUGGUGAUUGCAGCAAUUCUUAUUUGCCCUGUUUCGGCUGUACUCCUCUCUCAUGUCCUGAUUGACGAGUCCAUCGUAAAGAGACUGACUAUUAGGCUUCUUUUAGUAGCAAGGUCUACUGGGCUGCCUUUGAAGCCUUAUAUCAAACAGUGGUGCCAACGUUUAGCAGAGAUGGCACUUGUAGCAGCUUUCAGCUUCCCCAUUUACAUUACAUUUUCAUUAUUAUCCAAAGCUGCUGUAGUGUACUCUGUAGACUGCACCUACUGCAGAAAGAGGUUUGAUUUGUCAAAGUUCUUCUCUAUUAUUAUCAAGAUCUGGAAACGUCUCAUUUCGACUUAUAUAUGGGCUUGUAUGGUGAUUGUUGGCUGCCUUGCCCUGUUUCUUGUUCUGAUUGUUGUUGUGUGUAACAUAUUUUCUGUAAUAGGCUUCCAAUCGGAUCUGAUUGUAUAUCCCGCAGUGAUGGUCGGACUGUUAUUCUCUGUAGUUUUUGCCAAUGCUAUUAUCAUCUGUAAUCUUGCUUUUGUGAUCUCUGUUUUGGAGGAUAUAUCGGGGCCACAGGCUUUGCUUAGGUCGAGUAUCCUAAUACAGGGCCAGACUCAGGUUGGUCUUCUGUUAUUUCUUAUAUCAACUGCGGGAACGACAUUUGUGGAGGGGUUGUUUGAGCAUAGAGUGAAAACAGUGAGCUAUGGAGAUGGGUCCUCCAGGAUAUGGGAAGGACCUCUGCUGGUGAUGAUGCAUUCGUUUGUGGCGCUUAUUGAUUCAAUGAUGAGUGCAGUUUUCUAUUUCAUUUGUAGAUCGUCUAGCUUGGAGGCCUCGGAGGGAGAAGUAGAGGUCAUGGAAGUUACCUCUGAAUCAGUGGAUAGUCAGUGACUUAUUGCACAAUGAUACUAUUUCAGAGUAAAUUUUCUCAAUUAGUAAGCAGAAAAAUAGGAUUUCCCAGCAGCACGAAAUGGAAGGUUCUAAACUUAUUAUUCAAUUUUUUAUGGAAGUAUGUAAUGCUCUCUUUGCAAUUUGCUACAAUAUCCAAGGGGUGAAGAAAGCACCUGAAAAGGCAAGUUACUGUAACAGUGGUGUACUUGUUGAUCCUCAUUUUGAAGAAGUUUGGCCAUUAUUGUUAAA